AUGGCUCUUCCAGAAAUUCAAUUCUCUGAUGUGCGAGAAGCACAACAAUUUCUCAUGUUAAGAGAACGAUGGCCUUGGGCUAUUGAAGAUGUUUUGAACAAGUAUGGCGACGUCGUCUGCAUUGCUCCAAAUGAGUUGGUUUUCGUAACUCCCAGGGCUUUAGCUGAUCUUUAUGGAACCCAUAACAAGAACCUAGAACUAUUUCCCAAAACACAAAUCAACAACCAUGGAAAUGACAAGCACGGUGGUAUCAUCUGGGAAUGGGACCCUGUAAGACAUCGGCAGGUGGCCAAACAGUUGUCUCCAGCCUUCAGCGGGCGCGCCCUGAAAGCAAAAGAGCCGAUCUUACACAAGUACAUUGACUUAUUUGUUGACCGUAUGAAAGAUUUUGGUGGUGAGGCUCAAGGAGUUAGCUUGCCUACAUGGCUUAGCUGGCUGUGUGUAGAUAUCUCAGCUGAUAUGGCCUACAACUGGGAGAUGAAUGCUCUUCAAUAUAGUAAAGUCUCCGAUAUCCACUUUCUCUUGGAAAGAAGACUGAAUUAA